UUGACUUCAAAAUCUGAGGAACAGCCACGUUAGAGAACGAAAUCAACAAUUGCCAUGCAACCCUGUGUGGUGUUGUCCCAAUCACAACACGUGUCACUCUGCUGCUCUUGCCGCCUUUAAUUAGAGAGGUUUUCGCAGCUCUAUGAAGCUUUGCUGAAGCUGCGUGACAAUUUAAUUUUGCUUAUCCUCGGUCAUAUCGCCUAAUCAGUGAAUGUUACUAAUUUCAGCAGUGUUGGGAAGCAAGAAUGGGUUGGAUUUGGAGGAAACGGGUAAGUUUGGGAAAGAAGGUUCUUGCAGCAGUUCUUGUCAUGUUUUUCGCACCAUUCCUUGUUCCUCCACUCAUUGUUGCCUCCACAAUCGCCUUGAUCGCAUCCCUUCCCUAUUGUUUUCUCUUGGCGAGCUAUGUCUGUACUGAAAAGGUGAUGAAAAAACUGCUUCCUGCUACUGCUUUUGGUGGAAGAGGUGAUAAAAUGGGGCUACCCCACGACAAGGUUGGUCACGCUGAUCUAUAUGAUGAUGGCAUGGCACGAGUGGCUAUGAGUGAUCCCUGUUGUGUGAAGGCUGAGGAAGGGGGGACUGCUGCAAUUUGUUUCAAGGAAGGUGACAAUGAUCACAUAACACCCUUGAGAGUGACUAACAUUAUGUUUGAUGUGUAUCAAUCCCCUGAGGAUAUCAGAAAAGAGUCAAAGAGCUUGUUAGAGAGUAUUAGAGACGAUGAGAGUAGUGCUAAUCAAUCCCUUGGUAGAGGAAUCUCUGAGAAAGCUUUCGGAGAGGGAGAGGACAACAAAGAUUCGACAAGAGUUGUAGAUCUAUCAAGAAAGAAGAAAGUGUAUGGAACUAGAAUUGAAGGGGCACUUGAGUCUACUAGAAAAGAAGCAUCUAGAGAGAAGGAUAUGGAAAUAUCUUCAAAUGAGAUGAAGGUGUUGUAUAACGAGGAGCAGAUAUGGGCAAAGAUGGAGGCACUAAGGAAGAUAGUAGGAUACAGUGUUGCUAGGAGCACGACAUAUUCUGAAGAAUUGAAGGCGCUCUAUAUGUUUAUGGGUGUGGAACUGCCGACAUUGAUGAUGUUGGAGAAGGAGAAUCAAGAUAUUGCACAUGUUAGUGAGAGACUUUGCGUUCUACUGUCUGUUAUUGGAAUAAAAUGAGAGUUUUUUUUAAGCUUCAAGACUCUGCUUUUGGACUGCUCUCAGUAAUCGUUUCUUCCGUGUUUGAUAAGAGGGGAUACAUACCAGUU